UUUUUUUACUUAAUAAAGCAUUAAGGACACGAGACUAUACACUGAAGACUUAUUACAUAUAGGUGUAUUUUUGUUUUUAAACACCGACGUCGGAAUGCCAUGAUAGCUCAGGAUAGGUAGAAAUCAUACUUAUCGCGUCACGACUUGUUCCAACCGUCAAUCGUUGUCCAGUACUUUUCAGUGAAUUAGAAAAACUGCAAAAAUACUUCAUGUGAUAAUCCAAAAUAGAUAAUAAGCAAAAACAUACUCAAACGUCCGAUCAAAUCCAAACACAAAUGUCAAAAGCAAAAUAUCUUUUCCGCAGCUCUGACUGUAACAAUCGUCAAUCCGCCUCAUCCGGCCCAACAACGCGAACUGACCGUCGCUCAGCUGUUGCGCUUUUGUGUAGAAUCAUCGCCGGCGCGCGAAUGAGCCGCCUCAUCACUUUAUUUUCUUUAAAAGUAAGUACGUAACACACAACAACGAAAAAAUGAUCGACCUACCAAAAGGAAUAGAUUUAACGGGCUAUACACUGAUACUGCCGUCGGUGGCGGUGGGUAACGUCGGCCAGCUGACCGUCGACUUACUGAUCUCAUCGCUGGAGCUACGCCGGGUCGGCCGUAUUUUUGACACAUCCUUUAUUCCCCUCGUUGGCCCCGACCCUUACAACGAAACUAGUCAAGAUAUUGGCACUUCGGUGGAUUUUUAUAUUUACGAGGAGAAGAAGGUCAUCGUGCUGCAGAUCAGGUCGCCGCUCGUCUUGAGGCCGUCGAAUUUUUUUAUCGAGGUGCUCAACUUUGUGACCGAUUACAAGAUUGGCAAGGUGAUCAUCUUGACAAGUAGUUUUGGCCAUGAAAAGAAUGACGAGCAAAUCAGGACGGUACCAUUUCGUUACUUGGCUACUGAAAAUGUCAAGGCAGAAUAUGGCAAACAGUUUGAAGACAUGUCCUGGAUAGCAUUGGAGCCGAAAAUGUUGGAUGAUUUUAGUGGUCAAACAGUUCUGAAAAUCCACGGAGGUGGAUAUGCAAAGACACUGUUUGAGCUGCUUGGGAGAAAUAACAUCCAGUGCAUAAUUGUGUUGAAAUUCUGUUCAGAAGGAGACAACAUGCCCGAUGCAAUUGAACUUAUAAACUAUUUCAACAAGUGGAUUCAGUUGGUACCAGUCGAUGAGAGAAAUGCAUGUAAAUUGAAAUUUCCACCAUCUUGGAAGUUCUUGUUUGGGAACAUUCCACCACGAGAGUUAUAUUAAUUUAAUAAAAAAGCAUAUUUAUAUAA